AUGGCAAGGUUAAGGUUGAUAGCACUAUUUAAACAGCCUCUUCUGGGUGUGAAUGAUGAUAAGAUCUUUGGGCCAGUCUCAGGUGAUGCAGUAGAAGAAAUUGACCUGACUGUGGUUUACCAAGCAGCAGCUAAUGGUGACAUUAACACUCUGACUGCGGUAAUUCGUGAAGAUCCUUCAAUCUUAGAAUGCUGUGACAGUGAGGGUUGCACGCCUUUGAUGCAUGCCAUUUCAGGACGCCAAGUUGAUACUGUGAAGCUGCUGUUGAAGAUGGGAGCAAACAUUAAUACUCAAGAUGCCUGUGGACGCACAAGUUUAUCUUUGGCAACUUAUCUGGGCUGGCUUGAAUGCUGCGUCAGCUUGCUUAGAAAUGGUGCUAAGCAGAACAUACCUGAUAAAAACGGAAGGUUGCCACUACAUGCUGCUACUGCGGACCUUGAUGUGAGGCUUCUAACUGUGCUGCUGCAGCAAUCAAAUCUUAGUGAAAUUAAUCAUCAGGACAAUGAGGGAAUGACUGCGCUUCACUGGGCUGCUUUCCAUAAUCGGCCCCAACAUGUGCAAAUACUGUUGCAGAAAGGAGCAGAUCUAACUCUGGUGGACAAAGACUUUAAAACAGCUCUUCACUGGGCAGUACAGAGUGGAAACAAGGUUCUGUGUUCCAUCAUCCUGGACCAUCACCAGGGUCCAUCAAUAAUAAACUAUGAUGAUGAAAAUGGCAAGACUUGUAUGCACAUCGCUGCUGCUGCAGGUUAUAGUGAUAUUAUCAGCGAGCUGGCUAAAAUCUCAGAGUGCAACCUGCAGGCCCUUGAUGUGGAUGACAGGACACCUCUGCAUUGGGCUGCAGCAGCAGGGAAAGCAGACUGCGUAAAGACACUGCUACAGUUGGGGAUAGAUAGCAACCCCCGGGACAUCAAUGAAAACACUCCUCUGACAUACGCAAUGUACUGCGGGCACACAUCGUGCAUCAAGCUGCUCUCUCAGGAGUACAGAUUUGAAACAAUUCAUCAAAUUCCCUCACAGAAGAAUAAAAACCUGAAAAAGGAAGGAAAAUUCAGUAUGUUUAACCAAGUUUUCUCCUGCAAAAAAAAGAAAGAUGAUCAGAAAACAAACCAGAAAGACAGAAAUAGAGACCGAUAUCAAAGAGAAGAAACAUCAGAAGUUGAUGAUAUCAUCACCACAUUUGAUUGCAUUAUGGAAACAAACUGCAAAGAUUUCUCUGAGGAAUGUGUGGCCACUGCUGACUUCAAAAGGAGAAGCACAGACACCCAAAAGUACCUCAUGUCAGAGAAGAAGCAGCUGGAGUGUAGUGCACUACCACCAAUCAGAACACAAAGUCUCCCCCCCAUUACAACCAGCAGCUCUUUUUUAACAACUUCUCAGAGUACAACUUCAAGUGUCUCCUUGAGCACUAAUACCUACCAUUUUUCACAUAGGUCUCAGAAAAGUAGAAGUGAACAUGACCUGUUAGAUCACAGAACUGGCUGCCAGACUCUAUUAGACAACCCUUGGAGCACAGAUUCUAACCAAAUACUCUCAUAUAAAGUCUGUACUACAACUCCUUCAGAUAAGAUGAUAAAUGCUUUGAACUCUGAAAGAUCCAACCAUAUGCUUUUGUGUCCUCCUCACUUACCCUCCCUGCCUAGUUCUCCAUCAGGGAAAAGUUUUCAACAGAUGUCCCUAGAACUACCCAAAGUAAAAGACCUUACUCCUGUACGGAACAAUCUAGCUCCCAUACCUGACCACUGUGUUUGGAAAAUCCAGCUACCAUCUAAUCAAGAUUCUCAGGGUGUCAAGAAGUCAAAGUCCCUGUCUCUAAACUCUUUAAAGACUGGCGCAACUAUUCUCCCACCAGCACUUAACUCCAAAUCCCAGAAAGAAGGACUUUCUCAGAGUCACUCACUGUACUCCUUCUUGCCUGGUCUAUCAGGAGAACCUCUAAAAACAAGCCGUGUCCUGCCUGCUAUCCCAAGCCAGAAGAGAUCCAACCUCACAGUAGAAGACCUUAAGAAAUCUCCCAGCAAAUCAGAUGUUGAAAAUUAG